CGCCCGACGACCAGGAACAGCCGCGGGCCCAACGGUCGGUCGGUGUCCCCGGGCCGCGGCGGCCGCCCCGUUUGAUCCGUGGAUGAAAUGAAUCAUGAUUUUCAAGCUCUUGCAUUAGAAUCUCGGGGAAUGGGAGAGGCAGCUAGGAACCUUCAGGGAUUUCCUUCUUUGCCUGUGGGGGUCUCUCACCAGCCUUCCUCUCCUCCUGCCCUCUGACAGCUUUUGCCUACCAAAAAAUUUUGGGAACCUGAUGAUUCCACAAAAGAUGGACAAAAAAGCGUCUUUCUUGGGGACGAUGAAUGGAGAGAGACUGCUUGGGGUACUCCUCACCAUUCGAUGUCCCAGCCUAUUAUGGUGCAGAGAAGACCUGGACAGGGUUUUCAUGGAAACAGUGAAGUAAAUGCAGUCCUGUCUCCGCGGUCAGAGAGUGGGGGCCUUGGCGUGAGCAUGGUAGAAUAUGUCCUAAGUUCUUCUCCUGCAGAGAAAUUGGACUCUCGAUUUAGGAAAGGAGCUUUUGGCACUAGAGAUGCUGAAACAGAUGGACCUGAGAAAGGAGAUGAGAAAGGCAAAGCUUCUCCAUUUGAGGAGGACACAAACAGAGAUCUUAAACAAGGAGAUGAGGAGGAUUCUAAAAUAAAUGGCAGAGGUUUGCCAAAUGGAAUGGAUGCCGAUUGCAAAGAUUUUAAUCGUACUCCAGGAAGCCGCCAAGCUUCCCCCACAGAAGUAGCUGAGCGCCUGGGCCCCAAUUCAAAUCCUCCCGAAGGACUGGGUCCUCUCCCCAAUCCUGUAGCUAAUAAACCCCUCGUGGAGGAGUUCCCCAGCCCCGAAGCCCAGACUUUGGAUGCCAUGGAGCAGGUGGGCCUGGAUUCCCUGCAGUUUGACUACCCUGGAAACCAGGUGCCGAUGGACUCUUCAGGGGCUGCUGUUGGCCUCUUUGAUUACAACUCUCAGCCGCAGCAGCUCUUCCAGAGGACCAGCGCGCUCACCGUCCAGCAGUUAACGGCCGCCCAGCAGCAGCAGUAUGCGUUAGCUGCGGCCCAGCAGCCCCACAUUGCCGGCGUCUUCUCCGCAGGUCUUGCUCCAGCUGCUUUUGUGCCAAACCCCUACAUUAUUAGUGCUGCCCCCCCUGGCACUGACCCUUACACCGCAGCAGGCUUGGCAGCGACACUAGCAGGUCCUGCCAUGGUCCCUCCCCAGUAUUAUGGCGUGCCCUGGGGGGUGUAUCCAGCGAAUUUAUUCCAGCAGCAAGCUGCAGCUGCCGCCACAAGUGCAGCCAGUCAGCAGGCUGCAUCCCAGGCGCCACCUCCCGGGCAGCAACAGGUUCUCCGGGCUGGAGCCAGUCAGCGCCCUCUCACUCCUAACCAGGCUCAGCAGGGGCAGCCAGCAGAAUCCCUUGCCGCUGCUGCUGCCGCCGCCGCCGCCGCCGCUGCCGCUGCCGCCGCCGCUGCUAAUCCCGCUCUGGCUUUUGGGCAGGGUCUUGCCACUGGUAUGCCAGGCUACCAAGUCCUUGCCCCAACCGCCUACUAUGACCAGACUGGUGCCUUAGUGGUGGGCCCUGGAGCAAGAACGGGCCUGGGCGCCCCAGUCCGCCUUGUGGCCUCCACACCUGUCCUCAUUAGUUCGGCAGCAGCCCAGGCUGCAGCUGCAGCUUCUGCCGGAGGGACUGCCAACAGUCUGACAGGAGCCACCAAUGGACUCUUCCGGCCUCUUGGCACCCAGCCGCCGCCGCCGCCGCCCCCUCAGCAGCCUCCUCCUCAGCCCAAUGCAAAUCUGCAGUCCAGUUCAUUUUAUGGGAGUAGCUCUCUGACCAGCACCUCCCAGAGCAGCUCCUUGUUUUCUCAUGGUCCAGGCCAGCCUGGAGGCACGUCUCUGGGCUUUGGGAGUGGCAGCUCCUUGGGGGCUGCUCUGGGCUCUGCUCUCGGCGGCUUUGGCUCAUCUGUUGGCAGUUCUGCAAGUAGUAGUGCCACAAGGAGAGAUUCUCUGUCUACUAGCUCUGAACUGUACAAAAGAUCUAGUAGCAGCCUAGCUCCUCCCGUAGGGCCGCCAUUUUACAAUAGUCUGGGAUUUUCCUCCUCUCCAAGCCCAAUAGGCAUGCCUCUGCCAAGCCAAACGCCAGGACAUUGUCUUACGCCACCGCCAUCACUGUCAUCACACGGAUCUUCAUCCAGUUUGCAUUUAGGAGGCCUGGCCAAUGGCAGCGGGCGCUACAUCUCGGCGGCUCCGGGAGCCGAAGCCAAGCACCGCAACGCGUCCAGCGCCUGCAGCCUGUUCAGCUCCAGCAGCCAGCUGUUCCCUCCCUCCCGGCUGCGCUACAGUCGGGCCGACAUCAUGCCCUCCGGCCGCAGCCGCUUGCUAGAAGAUUUCCGGAACAACCGAUUCCCGAACCUCCAGCUCAGAGACCUCCUGGGCCACAUAGUGGAGUUUUCCCAAGACCAGCAUGGCUCCAGAUUCAUCCAGCAGAAGCUAGAACGAGCUACACCCACUGAGCGCCAAAUGGUGUUUAAUGAGAUCCUGCAAGCGGCCUAUCAGUUAAUGACGGAUGUUUUUGGCAACUAUGUCAUUCAGAAGUUUUUUGAGUUUGGGAACCUGGAUCAGAAACUUGCCCUGGCGACCCGAAUCCGCGGCCACGUUCUGCCCUUGGCGCUCCAGAUGUACGGCUGCCGUGUCAUUCAGAAAGCACUAGAAUCCAUUUCCCCUGACCAGCAGGUAAUUAACGAGAUGGUCAAGGAGCUGGACGGCCACGUCCUCAAGUGUGUGAAAGACCAGAACGGGAACCACGUGGUCCAGAAGUGCAUCGAGUGUGUGCAGCCACAGGCCCUGCAGUUCAUCAUCGACGCUUUCAAAGGACAGGUGUUCGUGCUGUCCACCCAUCCCUACGGCUGCCGCGUCAUCCAGCGCAUCCUGGAGCACUGCACGGCGGAGCAGACCCUGCCCGUCUUAGAGGAGCUGCACCAGCACACGGAGCAGCUGGUCCAGGAUCAAUACGGGAACUACGUCAUUCAGCACGUUCUGGAGCACGGCCGCCCCGACGACAAAAGCAAGAUCGUUGCCGAGAUCCGAGGCAAGGUCCUUGCCCUCAGCCAGCACAAAUUUGCCAGCAACGUGGUGGAGAAGUGCGUGUCGCACGCAUCCCGGGCCGAGCGAGCCCUGCUCAUCGAUGAGGUGUGCUGCCAGAACGACGGUCCUCACAGUGCCUUAUACACCAUGAUGAAGGACCAGUACGCCAACUACGUCGUCCAGAAGAUGAUCGACAUGGCCGAGCCCGCCCAGCGCAAGGUCCUCAUGCAUAAGAUCCGGCCCCACGUCACCACGCUGCGCAAGUACACGUAUGGGAAGCACAUAUUGGUCAAGCUGGAAAAAUACUACCUGAGGAACAGCCCGGAGCUGGGGCCCGUCGGAGGCCCUCCCAACGGGGUGCUGUAGGAGAACGUACUCUGGUGAAUUAUCAAAACACAACUCAACUAGGAAUGUUCGAUUUUUUUUUUUAAGCAGACCUAUUUAUUGACUUGAUUCAUCCAUUUGUAAAUUUUUUAAGGUUCUUGUGUAUAUUUUGGGGGGGGUGAAUGAUAGAAUAUCUCCAACCCUGAUUAAAGACCUAUCAGAUUGGAUUGCUGGCAAAGCACAGAAUGCCUGUAUAUGAUGUAAUUGUAUCAAAAAUAGCUGUCACAUAUUUUGUAAAUUUUUACCUUGUAAAGUCACAAAAAAUAGUUUUUAAAAGGAAAAAGUACAGUAUUCUUUUAAUAAACUGGCUUGCAAUCUGGUAGGUCUACUACCCCAUAGCACAACAGGUUUAUAGAAAUGUAUAUAGAAUAAUAGUCCUUAUUUUUUCCCCCUUUCUGUGAAGUCUUUUAUACCAGAUUGACGAUUACCCGCAUAAAUAUUAUUACUAUUUAACAAAGGAAGUUCAGUUGUAUUUUGGUAAUUCACAACCUGUUGCCCAAGAAGACAAGAUCCGAGAUGCUCUGAGAAGAGAAAGGCUUCCCUCCCUGCCGUGAGCUGGAGUACAGACGCCGCCCGUCGUUCUCUCACAGCGUACAGAAGACGCGCCGUGGACACUUGUCUAUGUAAUGGUUGUAGACGGAGGAAAAUCAUGGCGGCUCGCCCCCUCCCCGGCCGGGUUUGCGGGGCCAGCCGGGGGAGUGGCACGGCGCGGCGGCGAGCUGAGCGGAGGCCGGUGCCGGUCAGGGUGAGGGGCCCCCGAAGCGUGAGGACUGAGCCAGAGGGUUUUCUCGCUUCCUCUCUAUCAGCAUUGCGCGCGCGUAGUUCCUAGGUGUGAGUGUCCAGUUGGACAGCAGAAAUUGGCUCGAUGUUGAUCACAAACUUUGCUCGUCUGGUAGUGAAGCUUUUCUAGGCUGUACAGAUGUACAUUUGUAAACCUUCCUGCUGGAAAUGGAAUUGGUUUGACCCUUUGGGGGGGUAAAAUUGCAUUUUAGUGUAUAUUCUGACCCCGGCCCUUUUGCCCCUGCAUAGAGUGGUGUAUAAUGUAAAUUGAUUUCUUCGAAUCAAGAGUGAUUUUUAAGGAAAUUUUAUCUUUCUAUGGUUUCGGAAGUCUGACUCGGGUUUCUUUUUAACUAUUGUGAGAAAUGUCAUUUUGUUUUAUAACAUACCUGUAGAUUCUGUUACGACAGACGUGUUGAGGAUUGGAUUGGAGUCAGGGUAGCGUGCAUAUGGAGACAGUUCUGGAUGGAGAAGGUGCCCCAGCGCAGAAGCCCAGGCAGGCUUUGCGCAUCUUCCCCAGUGGGGUGGGCCGUCUUUCUUUGUACAGAAGAGUCCUGUAUUUUUGAGCAGCCUCCCAAGUAAGAGCACAUCUGUCAAGUCGCCUCGUUGGCUCUGGACAUUGGACGCUGUGACAGACACGAAGAAAGACGAUGUACAUUUACAAGAGGCCUUAUGUACAUUUCCCAAGGAGCUUUUUAAGGCAAAAUUGUGACCAUAUGUGUAUAAUUAAAAUCGUUUUUAAUCCUUUGCCUAUGGAAAUAUUUUGGAAAAAAGCUUGCUUUGUAUAUUCAGUUUCUGAAAGAUAAAGAAAGUGCUUUGUAUUUUGUUGAAGUCAGUAUUUUGUAUAAAACAUUUCGGUUGGCCCAUUUCGGUUUGUGCCAUCUCCGUCAUCAGAUCAUGUCCGACGGCGCUUGAUGCGGGCUCUUGCGAAGAGGAGCAGCCCUGGCCGGGGCAGUCCCGCGUGGAGAGGAGUCUCUUUUUAACCCUGCCAUCACGGAUCUGGACCGAGCCAGAGCAGGAAUCCGGGGAUGCCCACCCUGGGGUUUUCCUAUUGAAGGCGGAAGCUUUGUUCAAAGAAAAGCUUUCCUUGGUGAAGAAGAAGAGAUGGAAUCGAGCCACGUUUUCAUUGGCGUCUCUCCGUCUCCCUCCCCUUAGGCAGGGUUUGGUGAGCUCCGUUAGGGCCCCGCAGUCACCUUCUUUGACCUCGCAGAGCUUCUCAGUCUUCCCAGCCAUGCCAUCCCUGCCCCCUUGGCCAGUCCUGGGGGCGCCGGUCUCCCCAUGGGGCUCCCGCUCCCAGGCCAGCCUUGGAUCGGGACUCGUGGAGGUCGUGGCCUGCUCCUAUCGCUGGUCGGAGUCCCUCGUUUUACCCCUCUGUGGGACGCUAUGCAUCUGGCCCUGGGCCUUCCUCAUGGACUGGUCUUCCUUAGAAGCAGGAUGAGGACCCCGAGUCGUCCUCAGCAAGCGAGCGUGUUCCUUCCCGGAGAGGCCGUCAGGCCGAGACCCCCCAUGUGGACGUUUCAUCUCCCCUCGGCUGCCCGGACACCUGCCGCCCUGGGUGCUCCUCGGGAUGGAGGGAAGUUUGGUGGGGCAGAAGCACUCGGCUUUGGCACACGAGCGAGCGAGCGAGCGAGCGUCUCCUUUGAGAGGGAUUGUUUAUGGACCAGUUUGUCUAGUCUGAGAAGUCCUGGCUCUUCGGUUCAUGGAAUCAUGUUUUAUUCACCUAUUUGUAUAUUCUGUAUAAACUAGAAAAUGAAGACGUGUGAAUAACAUUGUAUGAAAUAAACCUGGUCUUGUGUUUUUCUCUA